CACGUGGACGAAAUUUUUCAAUCCAAGGCAAGAUAGAUCAUAGAUCUGAAGACUGAAGUGAAUUGCCCAAAAUUCGCCACAGUUAGUCACUGAGUUCAUUAUUUCAUUCAUCCUUCGCUUAUUCCUCUUGUUUGGGUCAUGGCAAUUUGUUCCUCACCAUCAUCGUCAUCGUCAUCUUCUUCUUCUACGUCGUCGUUUGGUUCCUCGAACACCGCGAAGGCGUGGAUAAUCCAUGGCAUUGUGGCCGGAGUGGCGAUUGCUGCGGCGGUGGGCGCACGCGCUUACAUGACCCGAUUCAGCAAGUUUCGGAGCCGGGUCGUGGGCAUCAUACCCGCCCGAUUCGCUUCCUCGCGCUUUGAGGGAAAGCCUCUCGUUCAAAUCCUGGGCAAGCCCAUGAUCCAGAGAACAUGGGAAAGGGCAAAGCUGGCAGCUACAUUAGAUCAUGUUGUUGUGGCAACUGAUGAUGAAAAGAUUGCUGACUGCUGUAGACAAUUUGGAGCUGAUGUUAUAAUGACCUCAGAAUCUUGCAGAAAUGGUACGGAGCGCUGCAAUGAAGCCCUACAGAAACUUGGGAAAAAAUAUGAUAUUGUUGUCAACAUUCAGGGUGAUGAGCCACUUAUUGAACCUGAGAUAAUCGAUGGUGUUGUGAAAGCUUUGCAGGCAGCUCCAGAUGCAGUGUUCAGCACAGCAGUCACAUCUUUGAAGCCUGAAGAUGCCCAUGAUCCAAAUAGAGUGAAAUGUGUGGUAGAUAACCGUGGCUAUGCCAUUUACUUUUCACGAGGAUUAAUCCCAUUCAACAAGUCAGGGAAGGUCAAUCAACUGUUCCCGUAUUUGCUUCAUCUUGGGAUUCAGAGCUAUGAUGCAAAGUUUUUGAAUAUAUACCCUAAUCUUCGACCUACUCCUUUGCAACUUGAGGAGGAUUUGGAGCAGCUUAAAGUCCUUGAGAAUGGCUACAAGAUGAAGGUGAUAAAAGUUCAUCAUGAGGCUCAUGGUGUUGACACUCCUGAAGAUGUUGGAAAGAUAGAAUCUCUAAUGCGUGAGAGGAACUUAUCUUGAACUCUCAGCCACGGCAGUGAAACCAUAUAUGCAAAUUAAUCAUUAGCACACCACCACAUCACAUAUAGAAAAAGUUUUUUUUUUUUUUUUUGUAUAAACCUUCUUGUUGCUUACAACAUAGUAUGCGGGCUAUUAUUUAUGAUGUAUUUUAUUUUAUAGCAUCGGCAGUAUGCAUGACUAGGUUUCUGGGUUUCUUGUACAAUUAAUAUGUGCAGAGAAUUAAAAUUUUAGUCACACAUAAUGUAAGCUGUGUAUGUAUCUUUAUCAACAGUGAAGGUUAACAUAAAUAGCACCAUGGAAGAUAUUUAUAUUAGUUUUGAGGA